UUCACAGUAAUAGAAUGAAUAUUGCUCGAUGUCUUGAACAGAGUGCCCAUUCCUGGCGUAUAUCCAAUGCACUCAAAUGUGUUAUCUGGAACUUGCCUUUUCUUCUAAGGGGAAUUACAGCAUAGUGGGACACAGAAAAAAAUAUUACAAAGACAUGUAGGGUGCAAGUCAUUUUGUAGUGCAAGUGAAAAGCUGUGGGGGGUGCAAGUGUCACUUGCACUAUGUUUGUGUACAAAUUUUUUUUUUUAAUCCCACCGGGAUGUAAUUCCCCCUUUCUUCUAUUGUAACUUAGUGUUCGACUUCCAUGCACUUGUAUUACUGUUUGGGAACUUUUUUUUGUUCUUCACAAUGUCAGAUGGUCAUGAAACUGAUAAGAACAUUGAGAUAUGGAAGAUCAAGAAGUUGAUUAAGGCACUGGAAGCUGCUAGAGGCAAUGGCACCAGCAUGAUUUCUCUUAUUAUGCCUCCACGUGAUCAAAUAUCUCGGGUUACUAAGAUGCUGGGGGAUGAAUUUGGAACCGCUUCAAACAUCAAAAGCAGGGUUAAUCGUCAGUCUGUUCUAGGAGCAAUCACAUCUGCUCAGCAGAGACUUAAGCUUUACAAUAAAGUUCCUCCCAAUGGUCUUGUGCUGUACACUGGGACAAUUGUAACUGAUGAUGGAAAAGAGAAGAAGGUAACAAUUGACUUUGAACCUUUCAGGCCCAUAAAUGCAUCACUGUAUCUUUGUGACAACAAGUUCCAUACAGAAGCUCUGAAUGAACUUUUAGAAUCAGAUGACAAGUUUGGUUUUAUUGUUAUGGAUGGAAAUGGAACCCUAUUUGGUACAUUAAGUGGCAACACAAGAGAGGUGCUUCACAAAUUUUCUGUUGACCUCCCAAAGAAACACGGAAGAGGAGGGCAGUCAGCUCUCCGUUUUGCUCGUCUUCGAAUGGAGAAGCGCCACAACUAUGUUAGAAAGACAGCAGAGCUGGCUACACAAUUUUUUAUUAACCCUGCCACCAGCCAGCCCAAUGUUUCAGGAUUGAUUCUUGCUGGAUCAGCAGACUUCAAGACUGAGCUGAGUCAGUCUGAUAUGUUUGACCCCCGUCUUCAGGCAAAAAUUCUGAACGUAGUGGAUGUUUCUUAUGGAGGGGAAAAUGGUUUCAAUCAGGCAAUUGAAUUGUCCUCAGAGAUCCUCUCAAAUGUCAAGUUUAUACAGGAGAAGCGCUUGAUAGGUAAGUACUUUGAGGAAAUCAGUCAGGAUACUGGGAAGUAUGUUUUUGGUGUGGAUGAUACAUUGAAAGCGCUGGAGAUGGGUGCAGUUGAGACACUUAUCGUUUGGGAAAAUCUGGAUAUUAAUAGGUAUGUGCUGAAAAAUAGUGCUACAGGUGAAAUUGUUAUAAAACACUUGAACAAGGAGCAGGAGGCUGAUCAAAGUAACUUUCGAGAUGCUGGAACCGCUGCUGAAUUGGAGGUUCAGGAUAAAACUUCACUUCUUGAAUGGUUUGCUAAUGAGUACAAAAAAUUUGGAUGCACCUUGGAGUUCGUCACCAAUAAAUCGCAGGAGGGAUCUCAGUUCUGCAGAGGUUUUGGAGGAAUCGGAGGAAUCCUCCGUUAUCAGCUUGAUAUUCGAUCAUUCGAUGAGCUUUCUGAUGAUGGAGAAGUUUAUGAAGACUCUGAUUAGCAAUCAAUAAACUAUUACUCCGAUCCGGUGCAGGAGCAUGGGGCAAAAGCCUUCACCGUGUGCGUGAGCUCUCGCCCUUCUUUCUGCUCCUCUGCUGUUGCUCGACAAGUUUCAAGUGUGUCUGAUUAAGGAUGCCAUUUGAAGACUGCUUUUGCUUUUACUUUUGCAUCACCUUGGUGGUUGACUGGAUCAAGAUGCUGAAGAUAUCAAUAUCAAUGUUUGGAACUGUGGUGAAAAACCUUUAUGUCGUCUUGCUCUGAAGAAGCUUAUGUCCAUUGAGUUUUAUAAUGUCUGUUUGUAACUGUUAGAAGUUUAUAUAUUUUAUGCAAAACUUUUAUAUCAAACAUGUUAUUGUGGAUAGUUCAUGACAUGAUUUAUGGGCUUGCUGU